AUUCAUCAAAAAAGCUUUCCAUUUUCAUGAUUCCCUCUAAAGGAAAUUAUUAGAGGUCUACUUAAGCAUAAUCAUUUCUUGCCCCCAAUUCCUGUUCCCUCCCUGUUCUUCCUCCUCUCUUCACUGAAACAUUCUAAAUACAAAGCUGAAGAAUUAUUGUUUGACAAGACCCACUUUGCCAAUUGUGCAUAAAUGAUUAUUUUCCCCUCAAAUCCCCUUCAAAGUAGCAGGAAUGAGAGCAUCAGCCUCAAGCCAACGGAAGCAGCAGCAGCAGCAGAGAGGAUACAGAGCAUUGUGCUGUGGCUGCGGCUGCGGUUGCAGGCUGAGCGUUUCUUCUUCAGAGGAAGCGGAAAGCUUCAGCUCUGAGAAAUUCCCAUCGGUCUCCAGCAUCGCCCACGCCAUGGUUCAGGAGAGGCUCGACCAAAUGAUCAGGGAAAGGCGAGAGAUAAGGCAUGGAAAAGAGAGAAGGAAGCAGAGGAGUACUGAAGAGACCAAAUUUGUUGUAAUGGUGGCCAUGGAGAAGUGCUCUGAUGACCCAAGAGAGGAUUUUAGAGUUUCGAUGAUGGAGAUGAUUUUGGCCAAUCGAAUUGAUGACCCAAAGGAUCUGCGGAACCUCUUGAACUAUUAUAUCUCAAUGAACUCUGAAGAGUGCCAUGAUGUCAUUUUAGAGGUGUUCCAUGAAGUUUGCAGCAGUUUGUUUUUGGCUUGUAAACGCCAUUGUUAGGGAAUUCAGCAUUCUUUCUUACACGUGUCUAAUUUUCCUUCUUCUUCAUCAAUAGCAAGAAUUCAGAGAGAAACACCAAAUUUAUAAAUAAAAUUGGACUCUGAUUGAUACGGAAACUGAAAACCGGAAACUUCUGGAUGAAUCAUGUGCCUAUCAGUGGUCUCUCAAUGGGUGGAGUAGGAUUCUCCUCGAUUAUUGUUCUCUAAUUAAAACGAAGUGAAAAUAAGUUGAUGUGACUCGAUCAAAACAAUCCAAAGCCAAUUGAAUGGUUCUUGUUAUACAGUGAAUAAGCAGACAAUCUUACCUGAUUAGCUUCAUUGAUGAACUUAAUCACGAAGAAUCAAUCCCUUUUCUCAUGCGACCGAUUUCAAAGAAAGGUGUCGUUUUCAGUCUUUCUCUUGCUCUGUUUUCUCAUUGAGUUUUCAGUGAGGAAAUUUUUAUGGACCACCAUUAUCCAUCUUCCAGUCUUUCACUUUUAGAUCCUAUAAACUUCCUUUUCUCGAAAUGAUCAGAUGGUAAAUUGUUUUGAAGCUGAGUAAUUAUAUCGAUCCCCAAAUUCGUAGUAAUUUCUGAGGUUACUCCACGGAAAUAUCCACUGAAAUCAAGUCAUGAAGUAUAUGGUUUAACAAAGACCCAGAAAGAAAAUGCUAAUAUCAAGGCAGUAGUUACAAGAGUUCGUUAGACGAUUUAAAGAUUUUUUUUCCCCCUCAAGUACUCCUUAAAUUCCUAUUUGUCUGGCAUAUUUGAAAAUUUGGGUAACCAAAAUUAACUGCAUGCAAGAUUUCUUGAAAGGUUGUUGCAUCUAGAGAGAGGGCGGGCACGUUUUGUUCCUAUGAACUUUUCAGACCUUCUAUUUUACUUUGAUUAGUAUUUUUAUCUGCUGACUUUCCUUAAUUGUUUGGAGUGGUACAGAUUUUUUUUUUUUUUUUCACCAACAGUAAUUCAAGUGGCAAGUGACUACUUUUAACA